GGAGACAGAUCAUCCAAAACCCCAAUCCCUGCAGGCCGCAUCCACCACCCCGGCGAGCCAACCACCGCCACCGCCGGAGUCCCGCUUCCUCGCCGCCGCCCCCGCCACCGGCCCGCCCCGAUUCGCCGCUCCCCCAGGUUGCUUCCGCCCGCCCCGCCCCGAUUCGCCGCUCCCCCAGGGAGGAGACCCGCGUGGUGGCGCCGACCGCUCUCCGCGCCCCCUCGGUCCUGCGAUUAUGCUCCCGGUGAUCUAGGAUCUCGCUGUUUCUGACGAGGCUGCUGGUCCGAGGGGCAGGAUGAGCAGCAGAGCGCAGCAGGGCGAAAAGGGCUCCGAGUCGGCCGCCCGCACGAGGCCUCUGAGCAUCCACGAGAUCUUGCUGCGGCGGGAGAAGAAGGCCCUCGCGGAAGCUAAGAAGGCCGCCGCGGAAGCUAGGAAGGCCAGGGAAGAACUCCAGGACAAUGAUAAGGGUAAACCUAGUCACUCGGAACCGGGAAGAGGGCGCAAGAGCGGAAAGAAUCUCAAGGAUGUACCCGCCGAGGGUUCCAGAAAGGAGAGCGUGAGAGAUGCGCCAAGGGAGGACCCCAAGAAGGAUGAUGUGCGGCGCACGUCUAAGGAGGGUUCCAGAAAGGAGGGCAUUAGGGAUGCGCCACGGGAGGAGUCCAAGAAGGAUGAUGUGAGGCGUGCGUCUAAGGAUGGUUCGAAAAUGGAGACCAUUAGGGAUGCAUCAAGGGAAGACCCCAAGAAGGAUGAUGUGAGACAUGGAUUUAAGGAGAGUUCCAAAAAGGAGAUCAUUAGAGAUGCACCAAGGGAGGUUUCCAAGAAGGAAAACUUGAAAGAUAGGCCAAAAGAUGGUUCUAAGGUGGAUGACUUGAAAGAUACACCAAAGGUUUCAAGGAAGGAUGACCAAAGGGAUGCAGCAAAGAAGGGCUCCAAAAAUGAGAGGUCCUCAGGGAGAGAUGACAGCCAGUCAGCUGGCAGAGACAAAGAUGCUCAUAAGUCGCAUAAACAUAUCACAAGCAUGAGAGGCCGGCCUGCUGAAAGCAAAGAUGGAAACCAUGGUGAGAUCAGAGCAAGAAAUGGUGAUACAACAAGAUCUUCUAUCAUGGAGAGGAGCGACAAGCUCCGGAAUGAAGCAAAAAGGAAAAUCCAUGGUUUUGAUGAUGAAAAGACUUCAUAUGUUGAUCGACCUGUGCUGAAGAAACAUGAUUCUGCGCGAUCCCAAGUUUCCAAACACUAUGACAGAAAUGAUGCAAGGAGAGAGUACGGGAAACCAUACCAUGAAGAGCCCAGGUUAAAAAGGAGAAGGUCAAGAAGCAGGGAUCAUGAUCAAGGAAGGCGUGACAGAUCUCUCUCACUAUCCCCAAGGGAACAAAGGCGUAGCUACCAUGGACACGAUCAUGGCAAUUAUCCUCCUGGAAGGAAGUAUGCUGAAAACGAUAGGCACAGAACAUCUGAUAACGUUGGGCAAGGUGGUGGGUCUUACCAGAGAUAUGAAAGUCGGCUUGGUGGCUACUCACCAAGGAAAAGGAAAACAGUGCCACAAGACGAACAAUUGAGUACCACGAUUACUCCACCAGUCAUUCGAUCAUCAGAAAAGAAACCAGUCACGUGGGAUCAGCCUCCUGCAGCAGCAGACCAAUCUAUUUUCUUCACCAAUUUGCAGCCAAUUGUUAGUCAAACCUCUUCUGUUUCAGUCAGUUUUAGCGCACCAAAGCAGAACCCUGCUACUGCACUUGAUACUAUAUUGUCAGGGAAUAGUUCGUCUGUUGAUUCUGUCCAGCUAACGCAAGCAACACGCCCACUUAGGAGGUUGCACAUUGAGAAUUUAGCUAGUUCAGCUUCAGAGGAUGCGUUGAUUGGUUGCUUGAACGACUUCUUGCUGUCAACGGGUGAUAUUAACCGUAUCCAGAGGUCUAAACAACCAUGCCUCAGUUGUACGAUAAACAAGGAAAAACGCCAGGCAUUUGUUGAAUUUCUUACACCAGAGGAUGCUACAGCAGCUCUUUCUUUCGAUGGAAGAUCUUUCAAUGGGUCUACUCUGAAAAUUAGACGUCCCAAAGAAUAUAUUGAAAUGGCACAUGUUGCUCAAAAGAAGCCCGUGGAAGAAGGUAUUAAAGAAACAUCUGAUGUUGUUGCAGAUUCACCACACAAGAUUUUCAUUGCUGGUAUUUCUGGUGUUCUUUCAUCUGAGAUGCUCGUGGAAAUUGUUAGUUCAUUUGGCAAGUUAGCUGCAUACCACUUUGUUUGUAGUGAGGACCUUGGUGGGCGAUGUGCAUUUCUUGAGUAUAUUGAUCACUCCGUUACAAACAAGGCAUGUGCUGGCCUCAACGGUAUGAAGCUUGGCGGGUGCAUCCUGACUGCUGUUCAGGUUUUUCCCAAUCCUCUCGAGGUUCGCAAUGAAGCUUCCGCAUUUUAUGGUAUUCCUGAUAGUGCUAAAGCGCUUCUUGAAGAACCAACAAAUGUCCUGCAGCUAAAAAAUGUGUUUGACCGAGAAGAGUUUUUGGCACUUUCAAAACCUGAGCUGGAGGAAAUAUUGGAAGACGUACGCAUGGAGUGUGCAAGGUUUGGAGCAGUCAAAUCCAUAAAUAUUGUAGAGUAUCCCGCUAGCAGUGACAGCAUUACUGAGGAUGUCCUAGUUGAGCCCAAAGAUGAACCAGUAAAGCUUGAGCCCCCUGAAUGUCGUACCAAUGAUAACUGUGCGGAGACUGGAACAGAUUGCUCUUUACCAAGCAGGAGCAUAGUAGUUCCUUCCAAUCCUAGGGAAAUUACAGGUGUCGAUGGUAUUUCUGCGUUCCAGGAUCACAAAGAGCCUGACACACUUCGUGAGUUUGAUCUGCCUGCAGCGGCAGAUCAGUAUACCGACCUAGAUGACAGCCAUGCUAGAGCUGCUGGCCUCACAAUGGAUCGACAAAUGGAGUCCGAUCAUAUGGAUGCUAUGCAGGUUGAUCAAGAUGCUACUGCAGUGGGUGACAUCCAUGCUAGAGCUGCUUGCUCCACAGUGGAUCAACAAACGGAGGCCGAUCAUAUUGAUUCUAUACAGGCUGAUCAAGAUGCCAUUGCAGUGGUUGACAUCCAUGGUAGAGCUGCUGACCCAACAGUGGAUCAACAAACGGAGGCCGAUCAUAUGGAUUCUACACAGGCUGAUCAAGAUGCUACUGCAGUGGGUGACAUCCAAGCUAGAGCUGCUGACCCCACAGUAGAUCAACAAACGGAGGCUGAUCAUAUGGAUUCUGUGCAGGCUGAUCAAGAUGCUACUGCAGUGGGCGACAUCCAAGCUAGAGCUGCUGACCCCACAUUGGAUCAACAAGUGGAGGCUGAUCAUAUGGAUUCUAUGCAGGCUGAUCAAGAUGCUACUGCAGUGGGCAACGUCCAAGCUAGAGCUGCUGACCCCAUAUUGGAUCAACAAACAGAGGCCGAUCAUAUGGAUUCUACACAAACUGAUCAAGAUGCUACUGCAGUGGGCAACGUCCAAGCUAGAGCUGCUGACCCCAUAUUGGAUCAACAAACGAAGGCCGAUCAUAUGGAUUCUACACAAACUGAUCAAGAUGCUGCUGCAGUGGGUGAAGAUAGUUUAGGAGAAGGACAUGCAGGCCCAACAACUUUGGAGACCUGUGGUUCUACUACACCUGGAGAUGUGGCGGGGAGAUCCGAAACUGAGAAUGAGCAACAAAGCACUGAUGAUGUGAGUGAAAGCGGUGCAGAAAAACUACCUGUGGCUGACACCAGAGACGAUGCUCCGACCAGAGACGAUUCUCUGGUUUCAGACACCAUCGUGCCGGAAGCUGGCUCUAUACUGGUGGAGUUCAUGCGGAAGGAGGCUGCAUGCCUGGCCGCACAUUCCUUACAUGGACGCAGCUUCGGCGACAGGACCGUGUCUGCUGGAUAUGCCCCGCAUGAUCUCUACUUGCAGAGGUACCCGAGGUGAUUUCCGCCGUGACGAUGAGAUCCCCAUGUUCUGAUGAUACCUGAUGCUUGCGUAUGUAACAGAAACACAUAGGACAGGUCUUGUAGUUUUGAUCUUUUGGAUGCGUCAGUCAAGUAGCUUCGGAUCAAGAUGAUGUACCGUUAGUUGGGAGGUAAUCUAGUAGGAGACCCAUAGCAGAAGCACUUUUGGGCUGAAGACAGUGGGAUAACCACUGGCCUAUAACAUUUUUGUUGUGAAUUUGAUACCUGUAUUUUUGCAGUGAGGGGAAAGUACCAGAAUAUACACUUGUAAUCUUUGCUGUUGAUUUGGGUUCCAUGGGUGGGUGUGAGGCUCUUUUAUUAUAUACAAACACUUAUACUGUC